GUUCGCCCAGUUGCGAGGCGGGAACUCGCCUGCGAGAGAACUCGCCUACCGUCCUCGCGCGAACCGAGGCGCCCCCAGAGCGGACACGGGAAACCCACCCGCGACUCCACGGCUGGCCCCAGAAGCCCGGCCCCGGAGAAGAUGGCAGACGAUCAAGGCUGUGGUGUGGAGCAGGCAGCUGGGGACACAGGCAGCCCAGACGCAGUUGAUGCCAAGCCAGACCGGUCCUCCUUUGUCCCGUCACUCUUCAGUAAGAAGAAGAAAAAUGACCCAGGGAAAUCAAUCAAGACAGCCCAGGAGCGAGUGCCUACAUACCAGUAUAACAUGAAUUUCGAGAAGGUGGGCAAGUGCAUCAUCAUAAACAACAAGAACUUCGACAAAAAGACAGGCAUGGGCGUCCGCAAUGGAACGGACAAAGAUGCCGAGGCUCUGUUCAAGUGCUUCAGAAACCUGGGUUUUGAUGUGGUCGUCCAUAAUGACUGCUCCUGUGCCAAGAUGCACGACCUGCUGAAGCAAGCCUCUGAAGAGGACCACAGAAAUUCCGCUUGCUUCGCCUGUAUCUUGCUAAGCCACGGAGAAGAGAAUUUAAUUUAUGGGACAGAUGGUGUGACAGCAAUAAAGGACUUGACGGCCCAUUUUAGGGGGGACAGAUGCAGAAGCCUUCUAGAGAAACCCAAACUCUUCUUCAUUCAGGCUUGCCGGGGGACAGAGCUCGAUGAUGGGGUCCAGGCCGACUCAGGGCCGAUCAAUGACACAGAUGCCAAUCCUCGAUAUAAGAUCCCCGUUGAAGCCGACUUCCUCUUCGCCUAUUCUACAGUUCCAGGCUAUUACUCAUGGAGGAACCCAGGAAGUGGGUCUUGGUUUGUACAGGCCCUAUGCUCCACCCUGAACGAGCAUGGCAAGAGCCUGGAGAUCUUGCAUAUCCUCACCAGGGUGAACAACAGGGUGGCCAGGCACUUCGAGUCCCAGUCUGAUGACCCCCACUUCCAUGAGAAGAAGCAGAUCUCAUGUGUGGUCUCCAUGCUCACCAAGGAACUCUACUUCUGAAAAAGUAACCAUUUCAGGGAUGCACUCAAGCGGAAAAGCUAUGGAUCAUUUGUUCAUGAGUCUUUUUUUUUUUUUUUUUUUAACGGUCUUGAAAUACCUGGAAAUUCUAAAGGAUUUUAAUUCAGGAACAUUUAUUGAUU